GUGACGUGACGUAUAAUCUAGUGGACGGGACACCUCUUCGACAACGACAGCUAAUCAGUCACUUAGAUAGCUUGCUAGCCAACAAAUACGAACAUAUUUGAGCUAUUUAGACGUUUUCGGUGUAUAUUAAUCACUGUGUUUUAAACACACGUCUGUCGUAUCUACUAGUUACCCAUCCCAGCUUCAUAUUUACGUUGUCGGGUUGCUAACUGGUUAAAUUAGCAUUAGGCUAGUAGCUUAUGCUAACUAUCUAAAUUGGCUUUCUUAAUAACAUUCCGGACCAUGAGCUCACUAAACUACUCUCCCCCUGCAAAAGAAGAGGACGUCUGCUGGACUGAGAAACAGGGUCUGUGGCUUAAUAUUGUCGUGAAAGAAGAGGAGGAAGAGAAGGAUGUCACAGUGAAAGGCGAGGAAGAAGCUUCCAGAGUGAAAGCUGAGGAUCAGGAAGAGAUUACUGUCACAACGAAAGAGGAGGACGAGGAAGAAGAGUAUGAGACUGGAGAUCUGAUUAACACCACAGAGAGACCAGACUCAGCAGAGGAACCAGAGACUUCCGAACCAGCAAGACGACAUCACUGUUCCUACUGUGGAAAGAGCUUUAACCAGUUAGGGGACCUAAAGAAACAUGAGAGGAUACAUACAGGAGAGAAGCCUCACAAAUGCUCCCAGUGUGGACAGUGUUUUACCUGGUUACAGAAUCUAAAACAACAUCAAAUAAUACACACAGGCGAGAAGCCUUACCAAUGCUCUCAGUGUGAAAAGGCUUUUACCCGGUUAGCACAUCUGAAAGAACAUAAAAUAGUACACACGGGAGAAAAACCUUUUCACUGCUCUCAGUGUGAAAAGCGAUUUACCAAGUUAGGGAUCCUAAAACAGCACGAGAAGACGCACACAGAAGAAAAGCCCUACCAUUGCUCCCAGUGUGGAAAAAGAUUUUCCUUAGCAAAGUACCUGAAAGAGCAUGAAAAAAUACAUACAGGAGAAAAACCUGGAGAGAAGCUUUUCCUCUGCUCCCUGUGCGGAAAGAGUUUUACCCAGUCAACCCACCUGAAAUCCCACACAAGAACACACACGGGGGAGAAGCCUUAUCAAUGCUCCGUUUGUGGGAAGAGUUUUUCUCAAUCAAGUUGUCUGAAAAAACAUAAGAGAAUACACACCGGAGAGAAGCCUUACCACUGCUCCCUGUGCGGAAAGAAUUUUACCCGGUUAGAUUACCUGAAAUCACAUAACAGAACACACACAGUUGAGAAGCCUUUACACACAGUAGAGAUGCCUUUAAACACAGGAGAGAAGUCAUCAUUGUAAGUAAGAUUUUUUUUCUUAAUUAACUUGCCUGGUAAAAAAAGAUACAUGAAUAUGAAGAAUGUAGUAAUCUAGUAAUGUCUAGUAAUGUAGUUCAGUGAUGUUCAGAAUGAACCGUUUAUAUACUGUUUAUGCCAUUUGAUGAAAGUGUAGUUUGUAUUUUUAAAUCUCAAGACAUUGAAUAUGAAAUACAUUGGUUUGAUUGUAGACUACCAAUAUGUCAGUUUGAAUGUGUAUGCUCUCUGCGAUUACAUGGUCAGUUUUCAACUCCG